AAAACUAAUGUAUUUCUCAAAUCUUAUAAAUUUUAGAGAUAGAUAUUAUCUUUACAGCUAAAAUGUUGUAGUAUGAAUAUUCAAUUAUACUCUGAAUUUUUAUCAUUUUGUUUAUAAACAUUUUUGAUUACAGUUAAGUUUAAUGAUAAGAGUUUACAAAAAUGCCAUCUCCUCCCAAUGUUAACGACCCUGAUAAUAAUGCCAAAGAAGAUCACCUUCUGGCACCAGAUAAUCGAAGCGUGGCUGAAAGCGUCAUCAGCCACAAUAGUGAGGUGUCUACACAUAGAGUGAAUAGAAUGGAUGUAGUUUGCGUUAUUGACCUUACCCAACCAGGAAAUUUGGCUCAGAGGAAAAAAGCAUUUGAGGAAGUUAAACAUUCUUGCGUUUCAGUUUAUGGUCAACUACAACAUAUUCAGUUUGAAAUAUUGGAUUUUGGAGAAUCGAAUGUCCUGACUAGUUUUUAUAAUGCAGAUGUUGCAAUCGUCGACCUUUCUAUACAAGAACAACAGAGAGCUCUUUUUUAUCACUUAGGUGUCCGAGAAAGUUUUAGGAUGAAAGAAAACAUUUUGAUCUACAAUGAUAUAGAUACUGAAGCUACGAUACGUCUUAAGCUUACAUGUGGCGUUUAUACGCUUAUCUGUUACCGGCUCUCGGACUCUGGAGCAGUCCUCUGUACAAAUCCUGGAGGACCUAGAAAAGAAGAUUUGCCUUUGGAUCUACCUGCACUUUCGUUGAACGUCAAACUUACUAAGCUGCUUCGUGAUGUUGAAGUACAAGCUAAAGUCCAUAUAAAAGAAAAAUUUUUAGCGGAUCUUAAAAAACUCAAAGAUACACUAUCCGGAGAGGAACUUGCUGUUGCUUUGAAGAAUAUGAGGAAAAGGCUGGAUGAUCCAAGAGUUCUUUGCGGUGAAGUUGUACACAGUAUGCUUAUUUCAUUUCGAGACAUUCAGGACUACGAUGCUAUGGUACAACUUGUUGAAGAUUUGAAUACUAUUCCUAACAAAAGUGGCUAUACUCAGACUCCUGUACUAGCUUUCCUUUAUCCAUUUGCCUUAAAUAGACGAAACAAAGAGGGAGAUCGAGAAAAGGCUCUCCAGGUGAUAGAAAAAGCAUUAGAAAAGAAAGAGAAUCAUAUUCCCGACAUGGUAUGUCUCUGUGGUCGCAUUUACAAAGAUAAAUUUGUUGAAUCUCAAUAUGAAGAUAGGACCAGUCUCAUAAAUGCCAUACAUUGGUACCGGAAAGGAUUUGAUGUUCAGCCGAAUGAGUACGCUGGUAUUAAUCUAGCAACGCUAUUAGUCAUUGAAGGGAAUGAAUUCUCAAUGUCUGAAGAACUGCAGCACAUAGGUAUGGUGUUGAAUAAUUUAAUCGGAAAGAAAGGUAGCCUUCAAUCGCUCAAAGAGUAUUGGGAUGUAGCGACUUUUUUUGAAAUCAGCGUCUUAGCCGAAGACUACACUAAAGCUGUUGCAGCUGCCGACUGCAUGUUUAAACUCAAACCUCCAGAUUGGUUCCUGAAGUCAACUAUAGGCAAUAUUAUGUUAAUAAAUAGAUUUAGGAAAAAAAAUGAAGAAUCUGAGGGUAGCCCGAUGCAGAAGAUAUUUCAGUUCUGGAUUGAUUAUUUUGUCGAGGCUCUCAACACUGAACUCAAAGACACUAUACGUUUUCCAGUGCUUGUGCUUGAAACAACAAAAAUUUAUAUGCCCAGUUUUGUAACAUUUAACUUAGGAGCUGAAGAAAAAUCUCUAACUAUAGUUAACUUAUGUAUAGAAUGUAUGAAAAAUACCUGUAAGAAAGUACAUGAUUGGUUGUUCACAGCGAGUAUGAUUAAGAGUGUUAGUCUCUAUAAACGAGAUGAUAGGUGUUUGUUCCUGUAUGUCCAUCAGAAUUCGGAUGAUUUCCAAAUGUAUUUCCCAUCGGCACUUCUUAGACAGAGGUUUUUUGAGCUGAUACUGGAAAUGACCGCCGAUCAGGCGGGUAUGGUGAUGGAUCUCGACACAGCCUUAUCAUCAGAACAUAUCAAGUUUGAGUACGAUCUUGAUGACAACGGAAAAAAAGUCGUCCUGGGAAGGGGAACUUACGGCAUCGUCUACGCUGCGAGAGACCUCAAUACCCAAGUCAGGAUAGCCAUCAAGGAGAUACCUGAAAAGAAUUUAGGUGAUGUUCAACCAUUGCACGAGGAAAUCAAAUUACAUUCUCAACUGAGGCACAGGAACAUUGUCCAGUAUUUAGGAUCUGUUUCGGAAAAUAAUUACUUUAAAAUCUUGAUGGAACAAGUUCCUGGAGGAAGCCUUUCCGCCUUAUUGCGCUCCAAGUGGGGGCCUUUGAAGGGGAAUGAAUCAACGAUAUGCUACUACACAAAACAGAUUUUGGAAGGUUUAAAAUACCUCCACGACCAAAAGAUUGUUCACAGGGACAUUAAAGGUGAUAAUGUCCUUGUAAAUACCUACAGUGGGGUUGUUAAAAUAUCAGAUUUUGGAACAUCGAAAAGGUUAGCCGCUCUCCGUCCUGCCACGCAAACGUUGGCUGGGACUCUGCAGUAUAUGGCGCCCGAAGUUAUAGACAAGGGACAAAGGGGUUAUGGUGCACCGGCUGACAUAUGGUCCCUUGGUUGUACCAUUGUUGAGAUGGCAACCGGUAAACCACCAUUUGUCGAGCUCGGUUCGCCUCAAGCUGCCAUGUUUAAAGUCGGAUAUUACAAACAGCACCCAGGAAUACCUGAAGAACUCUCUGAGAAAGCUCAGGCGUUCAUCAAGUGUUGCUUUGAUGUUGAUCCCAGUAAAAGGGCAACUGCUUCCGAGCUUCUUGAAGAUCCGUUUUUAAGCGAAAAAAAGAAGACCUCUAGGGCUUUAGUGGCUCCGCAAGAACUGCUGAGUCGAAGCGUUUCCGUUCCAGCAGAGAAAGUGAAAGCCGUUCAGGCUUGGAACACUCCAAAUUCCGUCACUAAUUCAUUCACUAACUCUGCAAAUGUCUGCAGGGCGGCCAAUACUGACGAAACUGUCAACUCUCAGCCGAGAAAGGCUAAAGGGCCGAAACUUCUCGCACCGAUCGUUAUGCCGAGAGGAGCCUCAAUCAACAGCAUCCAUACUCCAGAAAUUGAAGAAACCUCUAGCACUACUUCCCGCAGAUCUAGCUUAAUGUCGCCAGAAGUGAUCGAAGGAGCUCCGAGACAUCCCCUCGAAAGUGAUGGUUUCUUUCUUUUGAAGAAAGACAGCCAGAGGAGGAAGACGCUGUCUGAAGUCAUGACAGAAGACAAAAACGUCAUCCGGUCUGUCUGGGAAGAGAGGAUUAAGACUGAAAUAUCAGACCCGCUUUUAAAAACACACCACUUAGAAUUUCUGGUUGAUGUCAUAAAGGAUUACGUUACAACACAGAACAAAGAGGCAAUGGAAAUAGCUAUUAAUCAAGUGAAGGAAGAAUUCAACUCGAACAUGAUCGCUGUUGACCAUUUACAACUGGCUUUAUACUCAUUUCAUGAUGCUAUCACUAAUGUUUUGAAAUCUCGGAAAAUCAAACCGCAUUGGAUGUUCGCCUUGGAUGCACUAAUAAGAACUGCUGUUCAGACAGCUGUAUCAAUCACUUCGCCAGAUUUAAUAGAAAAAGAUAUUGAGAGAACUCAAACGGAAGGGACCCCUUCAGUAAAUUCGACUGUAAACUCGCAGCCGAUGAGUAUAAGCAGCAGCUAUCAACCCAACCUGAGGCCAAGGCUUAGAGCACAGAUCAGCUCUCUUAAGAAUGACAACUACAAGCUGAUGCAGGAGCUGGUAGAUGUCCAGAAAAACAUGCUGAGUUUCUUAAAACAGAUGGUCGAUGAGCAUAAAACAGUCGUCGAAUUUUUGAGAAAUGUGUCUGGCACCUAUUCUCCUAUCUCUGUUUCGGACUAUUCAUCCACGGAUGAUCUGCGGCAGAAAAGGCUCGUUCCGCAGAUAAGUGUAUCUUCCGACACAACGCCUGACAAUAAACUUGUGAACUGGUUGCAAUCUAUGAACAUAGAGGAACAGUCCAUAAAUAAAUUUGUUGCCGAAGAAUACACUUUGAAUGAUGUAUUACAUUACAUGGGGAGAGAUGAUUUGAGAAGACUUCAAUUGAAAGGCGGGGUAGAGCUACGAAUUUGGAAUGCCAUCCUUGCAUGGCGGAAGGAACACCGUCCUCCAUUGCAAACCACGAGAAAACCAUCUUGCGACAGGGGAGGAAAAGUGUACAACCAUAUCGAGAACUCGAAUCACCACCAGAUAUGACUCUUUGUAUGCGUAAUACUGUUGUACACUAUCUUCCUCAUCGCCAUAGAUUAUAAUGACUAAUUUGAAUCUGAGCUUUAACCGUAGGAUUGUUAUAUUUUAUUUAGAGUUUAUUUAGAGCUUGCAUGUUUUGUAUUAACAGAUGCUUAUUUGAUACGUUGUAUCAGUGUAAAUAUUUAGAAGAACUGUACCCAGUUCUACUAAUUAUUAAUUAAUUGUUAAGAAUUAGAUUAAGUGAAACUUUAUUGUACAAUAUUAUUUCAUAGUCUGUUCCAAAGAUUUUGAUAUAGUUACUUUUUUGGAGAUGUUAAUAAAACUUUAUUUUUCUUGCUAAUGGGGUUUCUUCUGCUGUGGAAGGAUGCUAAAUAAUGGUAACAAUGAAAUGAAGCUAGUUUGUAGUUUUUCACUGCUAAAAAAAUUCUUGGUAUUUAUUCCAAAAUAUCUUCAGAGCUCAUUGAUUUUUAAAGUUGAACCUCUUUAAAUCAAACUUUUAUCAUGGAUUUACAUAUGUUUUUUAUGGUUAAAAAAAUAUUUAAGGUAUUCAAUUUUUAUAUUAUAGGAUAUAAAAAUAAUAAUAAAUAUUAUUUUUUGCCUUAAAUAAAUAUUGAGUUUUGCCUCAACUUUUGAUUUUUAAACAUAAAUAAAUUAAUGGAGGGUCCAGUUUGUAUAGAUUGAGAUUCUUCUUUCUGAUAGUUAUAACACUUGUGAGUCAUAACUAUUGUUUUCCAGAUUUAAAAAAAAAUUAAUCAGCGAUUUUCAUAUCUAUUGUUGUCUUUUCAGAAUAAUAAUUAUUAUUUUUUUAAAUUCACCCUCUUUGCAAGGAUUUAAAGAUUUAAGUUGAUUCUUGAAGUUCAACUCCAUUAGGUACCUACUCAUUCUUUAAGGGUAAGAACUUGUUCUUAUAAUUUUAAAAGUAUUUUUUUCUGGCGAAUGCCACUAUUUAUUUUAUUCUGUUUCUAUAUUUUUAAUAUUGUUGAAUUAAAUUCCGAUAAUAAAAACAUGCCUCAAGAAAAAUGCUAAAUAGAUUUUGUACUAACUUUUUUUAUUAUGAAGUUUGUUAUUCUUAUUUAUUUAAUGUUGUUAUUAAAUAUCUUAGUAAUAUUUCUCAUUCCUUUGUUUAAACUUUUGGAACAGGCUAUACUUCUUUGUUUUAAUUGUGUGAUGUGAUGUAUUAGGCUGUGCGAAAAAUAAAAAAAAGGAAUACAAACAAAUAAGAAAAGAAAUAUUUUUGAAAUAUAUUGUACAAAAUAGUGUUUGUUUUUUUGUGUAAAAAAAAUGUACACAAAGAUUAUUUUUAUAAUU